AUGCGACUUCACUCCCUCCAGAGAGAAGCGGUUCCCGGUGGCUCUACCUCCGGUGCGGAUACCGCCAGGCCAACGUCAACCCCGUCCUCGCCCUCGACCGCAACGCUGCUUAGAAGAGUGGAAGUCACCUCAUCCCGUGGUAAUCAGUCCAAACACUCUGAGGAGAUUUCGAUAGCCCAAAAUGGAUUCUCGCUACCAGCGCACAUGGACACGCCUUUUGAUCGACUCCUUGAGCAUAGGUUGAUGCAUCACUUCGUCAGCAUGAGCGAACAAACUUAUUUCAGACUCAUCGGUACAGGCUUAGUCGGGCAGGCCACAGAUCAACUGGCAUCAAAAAGGAACAUCUAUGUCGACUGGGUUGUCCGGCUUUCACUCACCAAUGAGCACCUCAUGGAUGCUCUCCUCGGCUUCUCAGCCUUCAGCCUUCGAAACCUGGACUCGACGAAUAGGAAACUCUCUCAGGCCUCACACGCGUACAUGACAAGAGCAAUAUCAGCUCACGUAGCAGAUCUCAACAGGGGAAUCGGUGAUAGCAACGGGGAAACGGCUUUCGCUACUGCCUGCCUCAUCGCGUUUACCACCAUCAGCAGUGAGCAGUAUAUAUCUUCCAAUGAAGACGCUCGGCUCCCUCUACACUGGUUCAAACCAUGGCAGGGCGUCAGGGCGGUAGCGACCGCCUCCUGGAACCAUCUCAGCCACGGGGAAUUCAAGACCCUGCUCGAGCACGAACGCACUAACCAAAUCCCGCCAAAACUCGACCACGACAAGGUCCCCGUAUUUGACUUCCUCCUCCAAGACCUGGACCGGGAGACCACAGACCCAGAAGCAUUGCACGCCUACGACCUCAGCGUCUUGUGGCUCACAUGCAUGUACCACAACCCUCGGAGCGAGUACGUCUUCAAGUUCACCACCAAAGUCUCGCCGAAGUUCGUGGAGCUGCUCGAGGCCAAGGACCCGAGGACCCUCACCAUCGUGGGGUAUUUCUUCAUGCUGCUCCGCAUCUUGGAUAAGGUGUGGUGGCUCCCCCAGAUGACGAGAGGCCAGUUCUGGACGCUGGUGGACAUGUUGCCUGGUGAGGGGAUGUGGAAAGCGAGGAUGGAGUGGGCUGCGAAGGAGUUUGAGACGAGUGAGGGAGCUGAGCCUAGAGAUAUGUCAAGCUUUGGCAUAGGGCUCAAGCUGCCAAUGACCUAA